GGCGGCCCCCCCGAUCAGCUCCAGUUCCAAGAGUUUGAAGAAGCUGCCGUCCUCCUGUCUGAGAACCCGAACGCAACAACCAAGAGUGCCAGUGAGGAGACAAGGCCGCAACAUGCCACACUGCCUAUGGGAGAUGACAGUGAAGGAGAGGAGGGCGAGGAGGGCGAGACGGAUCAGACCGAGCUCCUCUCCUCACAGAAGAAAUCUGCUGGUUUCUGGACAUUUCAGUACUAUCAGGACCUGUUUGAUGUAGACACCUACCAGGUGCUGGAUAGGAUACGAGCUUCAUUCAUACCGGUUCCUGGGAAGAAUUUUGUCAGACAUCAUUUGCGGAAUCAUCCUGAUCUUUAUGGGCCUUUCUGGAUCUGUGCCACACUUGUUAUCACUGUCACAGUGGUGGGGAACCUGGCCACCUUUAUCCAGAUGCACGGCAAACCAGAGUACAACUACAGCCCCCAGUUUCACAAGGUGACGGUUGCUGGGAUUGCCAUAUACAGCUAUGCCUGGCUGGUACCUUUAGGUCUGUGGGGAUUUCUGCAAUGGAGGAAAAAUGUGAGCCCAACAGUGGGGACCUACAGCUUCAUGGAGACAGUGUGUGUCUAUGGGUACUCCCUAUCUGCAUAUAUUCCAUCAACACUUCUCUGCGUCGUCCCGUAUGAAAUAUUCCGCUGGAUCAUUCUUCUGCUGGCCAUGUGUCUUUCUGCUUUUGUCCUCGUUAUGGCUUUCUGGCCGCAUAUCCGCAGAGACAACAAGAUGGUGGCUAUAGGGAUGGUGACAAGCAUGGUGCUUCUACAUGUGCUGCUAGCUGUGGGCUGCAAGGUGGGUACACCCAUAAAGAACUGCUACUCUGAGCACACAGGAGAUCUACAUGACUGUGAAUGGUCUUGCGUGUCAAAGGAUUUGUAA